GUUAAAGUUUGUAACGGAAAUGGAUAGAUUUGUUACACGAUAGUACAAUUUUGUGGGUAUUUCGUGUGUUUCGAUAGUUAUGGAUAUAUUUGUCACAAACGUGAAAGUUAUGGAUAUAGAAGUGUAUUUUGCCAUUAUAUUAUCCAAACCAAUUAUUUAAAUUGCUCAUUCCCUAAGAUGAUGGAUUAUUGGGUGCUUAAUGAUUUGUUAAACUAUAGUAAGUAAAAGAAUCAUAAGUAACCAUCCAAACCAAGCUCAACUAUUGAUUAUAAUCAUGCAUGAAAGAAAAUAAUUAGAGCCACUUCAAAAUAUGAAUGCGAUAUUUAACGUCAUUUCAAUAACAAAUAACAUAACUAUCGAGGAUCCUAGAUAUUUAACGUCAUUUCAAUAACAAAUAACAUAACUAUCGAGGAUCCUAGACUCGCAACAAGUGGCAACACAUCUGAAGACAUAAAAUAUCGUAAAUUGACAGAUGAUCUAAAUAAUGAAUAUAAAUGUUCUUGUUGACUUAUAUGUCAUUAACAUGCCACAUGUAAGACUUCCCAUGUUUUUGUGUGUGGUUGAGACGUUUUCUUGAUAGUCAAUAAAUACUGACAUGUGAUCUAAACGUGUGCUAAUAUCCUCUCGUUACGUGGUCGUUUUUGUUAGAUCAGUGGAACAAAUAUAGUAACAAAUCAAAAGUAUCAUAUUGGACACCUCGUCCUCUAAGGGGUCGUUUUGGAUGGUAUAAUCUAGUGAGUCAAUUGGGCUCAAUUGGCUCAAAAUGAAGCAUUUGGGUCACAUUAGCUCAUUUGGCAGCACAAAAAAUGAAUGGUGUAAUUGGGCCGGGUCAAUUCAAGAUUAGCUCAUUUUGGAGCAAUUAGAAAUACAUGGUGGGGAGGUAGGUUUUCUCAAUUAGCUCAUUUUUGUGUGGGCCUAUUCUCAUUUUUGGAGCAAAAGUGUAUAUUGUCUCAUUCUAAUUGCCUCAUCUCAUAUGACAAACCAAACAAGAUAAUCUAGGACAAAUGUCUCAUAGAAUUGUCUCAUUUUCUAAAAUGAGACAUUUAACCCAAAUUGCCUCGUUUUAGAAAUGCUCCAUCCAAAUUGACCAUAAUGAUUUUCUUACUUCACACUCAUUCGCGCGCGUUAUAUUAAUAAAGACAAAACAUUAUAUCAUCUUUUGCAGUAGCUUCUCAUUCCCUCUAACAAUUUGAGAUCAUAGUACUUUUGAUCCCUUAUAUAACAAUUAACAACGGUAUGAAAACUUUUCUAUGAUGUUCUUGAGCUUCAAAGAUUCCACUCGACAUGCUUAAAUGUUGGGGAGGAUUGUUAACUCCCCGCUCAUCGAGCCAUCAUGCAGCUCUUUGAGCAAUCUUAACACUCUUCCAAAUUAAGGCUAGGUUGGAUGAGCCCACGGGUGGAUGGGAUGUGCACGGGUUAAUCGUUGCGGUUAGCAAACCGCACAAACCACCCAUUUUGAUUAUGAUUUAUGAGUUAUGACUACCGCUGACUAGCCGGUCGCCCGCCAACCACACUAGUUUGAGCUCCGUUAACCAAACACCAAAACAUCAGAAUCCACAGGUGUUUGAAAUUCGUAGGAGACAGAACGUCAAAACCGAUGGCAAAACCUCAGAAAUCCUAAAGUAAAAACCACCGCAAGGGUAAAAAAAGGAAAGUUAAAAAGUUAAAACAACGGAGGAAGGAAGGAAAGACGGUAGUAUUGGUUUGAUCCAACACGUCGUAUUACGCGUGGAGGGACGAAUGUAACACGAAUCUCGUAUUUGACAAUCUCCGCCACGUGGUGAUAUCAUCCGCAAAAUAUCAUAAUCAGAGAAAACGGAAAUAAAAGAAAAGUAGAAAACAAUAUUAGACUCUCCUCCGCCUAGUACAGCACCACAUGCGUGUCAGAAAAGGAUGGUCGCUCCAACGAACCGUGUUCCGUCCUCAUUGGUCCACGUACUCACCCACCCGAAAAGUUCCGGUGCACGUGGUCGAUUGUUGUGAGGAGAGAGAGCGAUGGACGGCCCAGAUUGUUGUGUCCUAGUACUGCCCUUUUACCUUCCUGCUGCCCGUAUCAACGUCAUUCCAACUGGCCAUGUCGGAUCUCCUCUGCCCCUGCCCUGCCCGUGACGGUGACGGGCACCUGCCCGGAGGCCUUAAAAAAAUAUUGCAGUGCGGGUCCCACACACACCCCCCAGGCGAAAAAAGCUUCUUCUUCCUCCUCUUUCCCAAACGCCAUUUUAUUACCCCUUCCCCUUCCCCAUCUCUCUCCUCUCUCCUCUCUCCUCUCUCUAAUUUUGAUCGGAUCGAAUUCGAAGAAAGCGUUUGCGCCUGCUUCUAUUCUGUGUUCGAAUUUUGAAAUUUUUUUUGAAGGGGAAUUAACCCUAAACAUGGCUGGGAUUUGCUGUGGAUUUGUUGGCGAGAGUGACGCGACGGCUCCGGUGGAGCCGAGCACUAAGGCUUCACGGCGGAGGAGAUUGGACCUCCGCACAUUCUCCCUUGCUGCGGAUUUGUCCGCCGCCUCCGAUGCCACCAGCCGGAAACAGCGUAAGCUCGUUCCGUCAGCUGGUGCGAGUAGUAGCUCUGCCCCGCGUGAUUGCCAGAACGCCGUCGAAAAUUCACGGCCGUGCGGCGGCGGGGGAGGCGAUUUGGAGGGGAAGGAGCGUGAGGUGAGAAAUUCCGUGGAGAUUGAAUCUGCUCUGAAGCCGGAGGUAAGCUGUGCAGUUCCGACGGCGAAAUUCGGAUUGACUUCUGUUUGUGGUAGACGGAGGGAUAUGGAAGAUGCGGUUACUGUACAGACAAGCUUCGGCCGCGAAGGCACUUCCUUCUUCGGCGUGUUCGAUGGCCACGGCUGCUCUCAUGUCGCUAUGAAGUGUAAAGACCGCCUGCACGAGAUAUUGGAGGAGGAAAUCAAGAGCUACGGCCAGGAGAAUUCUAUCGAAUGGAAAGAAACCAUGGAGCGGAGCUUCGCCAAGAUGGACGGCGAGGUCGGGGACUGGUGCACCGACGAAGCCGCAAAGGCCACCGCUUGCCGUUGCGAGCUCCAGACUCCGCAGUGCGACGCCGUUGGUUCCACCGCCGUCGCGGCCGUGGUGACUCCCGACAAAAUCGUCGUCUCCAACUGCGGCGAUUCCCGUGCCGUCCUUUGCCGUAACGGCGUCGCUGUUCCCCUCUCUUCCGAUCAUAAGCCUGACCGGCCGGACGAGUUGCUCCGUAUCCAAGCCGCCGGCGGCCGUGUAAUCUACUGGGACGGCCCUAGAGUCCUCGGAGUUCUUGCAAUGUCGAGAGCAAUCGGGGACAACUACUUGAAGCCAUACGUGAUUCCUGAGCCAGAGGUGACCGUCACGGAACGAAUAGGAGACGAGGAAUGUCUUAUCCUAGCAAGCGACGGGCUGUGGGACGUGGUGUCAAAUGACACCGCCUGCGGAGUGGUUAGGAUGUGCCUCCGCGCCCAGAAGCGGCCUUCGCCGGUGGCGGAAGGAUCUCCGUCAGGAGAUGCCGCCGUGGGGAGCGGCUCCGAUAAGGCCUGCUCCGACGCCUCAAUGUUACUGACAAAGCUGGCACUAGCUCGGCACAGCACUGACAACGUCAGUGUGGUGGUGGUUGAUUUGAGACGCAAGUCCAAAGCUGUAAACCCUUAAUUGGGCUCGGAUUUAGAAUGAAAAACAAAAAGAGCAAUUGGGAAUUGGUGGGAUAAUAUAUGGAAUAGUUAUAUACACGUAUGUAGAUUAGAACUAGCUUUAGAUUUCCCCAUAUUGGAUGUUUGGUUAGCUUUGUGGAAGGAAAAGAAAGAAAAAGAAAAUAUGAGAGAUCCAAGUUAUUUCCAAUCUGUUUUAAUUUUUCCUAUCUGACUGCUGAAAUGCGCAGAAUUGGGGUUGUUUUGGGAGGAAUAUGAAAUGCAAGAGUCUCCAUUUGUAAAACUGAGAAUUGAGUAAUCUUCUUCUGGUCUGUUUAUCUGUUGGAGCAGCAAGCUCCAAUCCAAGCGCAUAAAAGAAUUUUGGAUAGCGAUGUUGUGGGCUUGUGUGUUCUGUAAGUGUCAUCUGGAGAAUUGAAAUUAGUUGAAAACGUGCCCUUCUGUUUCAGGUGGAGAAAUUGUGGUUGAGGUGACAGGAGUCUGGUCAGAGGGCAAUACAAAGUGGAAAGAAGGAACCUUAGGCGGAAUUCGGUCUGCUGGUCUUGUCAUUUUUGAAAUUGUUGCAAGUGCAGAUUAGGAGGAAGUGGUAGCGGGGAGGCGUGGCGAGUUCUUAGACGAUGAAGGCGACAUCUGAAAUUAUAAUAAUGAUGGGGAAGAGUUGAAAGAAAUGGAGGAGGGUUGGUUUAAUUUAAUGGAGGAAGGAGUUGUUAAUCAAAGGUGGCGACGUGGCGUGGUGGUGAUGUGGUAGUUAGGCAGAGAAGAGAAUUGGGGCUACGUGUAAGGAGCAGAGGGAUCCAUGGAAUGAUAUUGUAGAACUGUUCUGCUAGCCAGAGAGGAAACCCAACGGGGAGGGAAAAAGGAUUAGGCAAAUCAAAUGAGGCAAAUGGUUGGCAAGGAGAGGAGAUAUUAUGAGAGGAUUAGAUAAUAAUAAUAAGACCCUUCUCUGCUGAGCUGGCUAUUGGGAAUGAAUUUUGAUGACAAUACUACAAUAAUAAUUAUUAUUUAGUUAGAAAAUUGAUAUGAAGAUAUUGGAGUUUAGAGAGAGAGAGGGUGGGGUCCAGGUGGGUUGCUGGUGUUAGGCCACUUUUGGGGUAUUGCAUAGCUGGAGGGCACGGUCGGGUGCAUUAUUAUUAUUAUUAAAUGCAUGGGCUGUGUUUGUUGAUUCCAAUUCUUCGACGUGACGUGGAGGGUUAGGGGUGCUGACCACCACGACUUUGACGAGGGGACGACACGUGGGAAGGGAGAUGGUGUUGAGUUGAAUGUGGGCAUCGCCGCUGGGUUUGUAAAAGAAAAAGAGUAGAUUUGAUCAGAUCUUUGAUGUGGACUGGACGGGAGCACAAGCGCACCACAAAUACACAAUUACACAAACACAACAUCCUUCCUUGGUUGGUGUCACUUGCUUUUCACUUUUCACCUUUGCCUUCUUUCCUUGAGCAUUUGCUGCUUAAACUGCCGAAGCCGAGUCUUCAAUUUUUUUUAUUGAUUACACGCUGAUCACCAAUGAUGAUCACCCACUUAAUUUCUUGGUAGCUAAGCUAUACAGAACACCGAUUUUAAUACGGUUUUCUUGAAUAUUAGGAUUGUUUCACGAAAGAGGUAGAACUCUCCAAGUCAAUCUUAAUAGCGUAUUAUGUUACACGGUUACAAUAAAAGGCUAUAUUAGAGGAUGGUCUAUAUUAGAAUCAGUGCAAUAUGUCAAUUAACUCACUCAUCUCAAAAUAGUUGUUUUUUAUAUGAUAAUAAAAUAAUUAAAUUAAC